AGAUACAUAGCUUUAAUAUGAUUAUGAAAACUACUAGGUUUAAGUGUCGAGAGCCGCAUUUUAAGGGGUACCAAAGUUUGACAGUCAGAAUUCGGCUGCUAAAAUGGCGUCUGCUUUGUACAUGACCCGCGAACUCCACAGCCUUCACAUUUUCGCCUGUAUAACUUUAAUCCCACACCGACGGGUUAAUGUAUUCUAUCCUAACACUACUAUAGGAAUGCACGGAUUGAUAUACCACUCAGGAAAACAUAUAUGGUAAAGGAAACGGGAGUAAAUUGAGUAAAACAAAGUUGGCUGAAAGAACCUGUUGAGAGCAAUAAAAACCAUGACACUUCCUUGAGUGUAGCAGACGAUACACUUACACACGGGAAUACACACAACACUGCCAUUCCAGCACCACCACCCUGCACGCAAAGCUAUACGGACGCUGUUAAUAAUCCCUAGAGGAUGUAUUCUUUAAUCAAGGAAGUGGGAGAAGGAGAGAAAGAAGGAAGAAGAGGUCACAGGGUCAUGUGGGAUACGCCCCUCGUGUUUCUAUGAAGGAUUUGGCGCGCGUGGUCCAUGUCAGGUCCGCAUUUUCACACCUUUACCUGCAUCCUGCCACAUCUCACACACCAGAGUCCAAAGCCAUGUCCCCCCGUCCGGAAGACUCCCCCAUAUCCAGUCCCCGCACUCGCUCCCCAGCGAAGGGGGUGAGGACAGGAGGAGUGAGCUGUGCUGGGCCAGAUGCUCUCUCUAUGCUGAACAUGCUGGCUGAGGUGGCAUCCGUCACCUUACACACUGAUCCUUCCGUCACUGACACCUCCCAGGCUUGCAGGGUGAAGGCCGGUAGCACCACCAGCCGGAGACCCAGUGAUUAUGACUUGCUCACUCUUGACCAUGUGUCAGGCAUGACAGACAACCUCCUCCUCAAGCUGUUUGCUGAGUUUGAGUCUAAUGAAAUGUGGAAGCGCUUCACAUACACAUGUGGAAUGCUGCCUGCUGCCUGUUCCAAGUACUUCCAGAGCUUUGGGAGUGAGCACAAAGCAAGGAGUGGCAUGAAGGCUCAUCUCCAGACACACCUCAAAUCCCUCCUGGAAGUGCACAAGAGUGGUCAGAGCCGGCAGAGCUACUUACUAGAGUCUGUACCAGCUCGAAAGAGACGCCUUGCUCAGCAAGACCCUACAGGAGGCAGAAAGCGUGGCAACACAGGGUAUGGUCGGGCCAACAAGUCAUCUGGUACUCCAAAGACUCAGGUACGAGAUGGAGAUGCAUGUAACAAGGUGAAGAAGAUGCCCCCAGCAAGCAAAGAGAAGGAAAAUGAAGCUGUGAGAAAGAAGGAUGAUGCUCCAGCCACAAGUGAAUGGGGCAGUGAUGAUGCACCCCUGGACAUCAUCAAGGAGGAGAUCAAGGUGGUUAUCAUGAGUGAGACUAAACCAAAGAGGAAGCUGGAGAGUGGGCGUGAAGGGAAAGUCCGUGCCAAAAAGGUGAAGGCAACUGCUAACCCUCACAUCCCUGAAAGUGAUGUUAAUGACAACAACAACAAUUCAGAUAUAAAGCCUGUGGCCAAGAUGCCAGUGAUAAAACAAGAAUGUAAGAAGGAAGCUGAGCGGCCACCCAUCCAGCAGGUUGUGUCUCAUGACCAUGGGUAUCUCAAGGCAUCUCCAGUGAAGUGGGACUCAGAACAAGCAGAGACAAGACCUGCAGAACACCAACCCACUAAAGAGAGUGCCCACAGGAACCAAACUCAGGCUUCCUCACAGGUGGCUUGGGGUGGAAGUGCAAUGGAUGGGUCCGUAAGUUGCCUUCAAGUCCGGGAGGAGCAGCAGCCAGAGGACCACUCAACUUUGCUCCACCAGCACAUGAAUGAGGAGCUGCAGGGAGGAAUUAUGGCCCAAGAGUGUGGCAGUGCUGGAACACCCCUGCCAGUUGUGGGCUGUGAGGUUGAAUUCACACCAGAUCAACACUACAAAGUAAUGCGUUCCGCGGAUCUUCCUGUAGUGUACGACCACAACAAUCCCUCAGCUGACAUGGAUGGGGUGGCCAAGGUGAUUGAGAGGGACGAGUACAAAGUGCGCAAGAAGCCCAAGGGACGAGCAAAGUUCAUAGGACAAAGCAAGGCAGAGAAGGAGAUGGCCUUGAAGCUGAUAACAGAGAUCCGAUCCCAGUCUGUGAUGGCUCUGGAGACGCUGGAGUGCAAGAUCUGCCACCCUCCUCGCCUGUUCACGGCCCCGUCCACCUUGCUGUCUCAUUACCGCAGCCAUGCAGGCAUCCGUCCCUAUGAGUGCCGCAUAUGUGAGGCAGUCUUCACGCGGCAGCACUCGCUCAACUACCACAUGCUGAUCCACACCAACCAGACUCGCUUCACCUGCAGUGACUGCGGCCGCAAGUUCCGUCACCCAUCUCACUUCAAGGAGCACCGUCGGCGCCACACAGGAGAGUCGCCCUAUGAGUGCUCUGACUGCCUCAUGAGGUUCAAGACCAGGAACACUUACAAACGACACUUACGGACUCGGCACGAUAAGCUGCUCACCACCCAGGGCACCAUCAUCAUCCUGUCACAGGAAGAGGCAGACCGCAUGAAGAAAUCUCAGGGCCGCAAACCUCGCAGGCCCCGACAGCCCCUCAAAAUAAUAAGUCCAGAAGCUGCUGCCCAAAUGGAGGAGGAGCAGGUAUGGACUGAUUUUGAGGAAGGGGACCGUGAAGAAGAGGAGGAGGAGGAGGAGGAAGAAGAGGAGGAGGAGGAAGAGGAAGAGGAAGGACCCAACUAUGGUGAGGUACUACAGUCCAGUAAGCAGAAAGGUGAGGCGGGGAGCUACCAGGUGACGUCUGACAAUGUGGUGAUGUCUCUGGGGAUGAAGCAGGUAUCCAAUGGCAAAACUGGUCUUCUUGUAAAGUCCAAAAAGAUUUCAGAUAAGAGUAACAUCAGUCAAGUUAAACAUAUUGAGCAGGUCAAGGAGUGGAAAAACCCUCUACAAGGAGAUUUGAGGCAAAGCAGUAAAAAUAACAACCACCAUGAAAUUGUGGAGGAGGAGGUUGUGAUGGACUGUACUAGUGGUGGGGACCUGCGUACAUAUGUCUUCCAGCCACCACCAGAACACAACACACUACCUAAAGUUAACAUCAGAUCCUCUUGGAAUACCAUCAACAUUGAUCUCAAGAGCCUAGAGAUGGCAUCUGAGCUCAUCAUUCCAGAGAGCACAAGUGAGGAGACAGUGGAGGGUCCUCUGACUGAGAUGAAAACAGAACUAACAAACAUGGACACUGGCUGCAAAGAGGUUGUUGGAGACAGUAUCAACCCAGAGGAAGUAAUAACCAUCUGCUCAAACAUGGAUACUGUCAGUGAAGAAGUGGAUAACCCAAGAACCAUACAGCCACCUAGUAGUAACCCUGACUGGUUCACUGUUAAAAAGCCCAUCAAGUGCUAUACUAGAUCAGGAUAUGGUGUUGCUGACCUCCAUGAUACUGUACAUGCUACUACCUCAUGUGCCCAACCAGAUUCAAAGACAAGCAAUAACAGUCAAGGGGUGUAUGUUGUUGAGUACGUCGACAGUAAUGAUGGGCGUCUUGCCAAGGUGUACCGGGCCAAUGCCUCCCUUGUUCCCAAGAGUGUCCAGCAGGGAUCCAUUCAGGUACCACAGGUCAUUAGUGUACCCAGCAGAGGGCCAAUACCUGUUAUCGUUAGUAGUGGGUCAGAUAGGCCAUCAGCUUCCAUUACCGUCCCAGCAAGCUCCAUCAGGACCACCUCCAAACAAGUGCCACAAGUUGUGCCAGAUGCAGGUCUCCAAGAUCCAGCCACUGGAAUCAGUUCACCAACCAACAAUAGACUAACUACCAGCUACAAUAAGGCACUGAUUCAUAAGCAGGUUGUGAAUAAUGUGGGGAAAAAUAAUGCCAUCAAGAGCGAGGGUCUCAUUUCCUGUAGAGAUCCACAAAGCCCAACCGUUACAUUGCAUUCUUCCCCUUCAGUUGUUGUUACGACAGUCCCACAUGUCCCGGAGGCUCAGCAGCUACCAGAAAGUCAUGCCAAACUAUUCCCAUGGUCUUCUCAGCCUCUAUCAGAUAAUAAUCAAGUUACCACUUACUCUGUUGGCACUGGUGCAGAGGGAACAGACACACUCAAGAAUGAUGCAUCCAAUGUACAGGAAAGGAAUCACCUUACCUAUCCCCUGAUCAAUCAGGAAGCAGAGCAGUAUGUUGGAGUGCAAGAUGACAUAUUGUUAGAGGAUGUUGAGAUUAUUGAAAGCCUCAAUAUUGGUGAUGACGAAAUUAUUGUCAGCACAGGGAUAGUAGGUGAUGGUGUGCAAAGUGUAUGUGUGGCAGAGAACUUGAACCAGCUGACAGGGGUUUCUGAGUCAGACAGUGCCAGGGUGGAGGGGCUUGAGCCACGUGAGGCAGGUGUGUUGCAAAGCACCACCCAGUAUGUGGACCAGCUACUUCACCACAACGUGAUGGUGACUAAUGAACAGAACACAUCCACCACACAAGACACCUCACCUCCUCCUGUCAACAUGGGUGUUGUUCACAAGGUUGCAUCAACACUGCAGGCUUAAUGAACUUACUGAUGUCACUGUUGCUAAAGUAAGUCAGAUUACCCUAUCUUGACCAUAGUGCUUAUUUAUGGAAUCUAUGUAUUUAUCUUGUCAUGUAAGUAUGAAUGACAUAUUUUAGAAUAAUUAAAGUUAAAUUAACAUGAUGCCUUCAUACCUUUUAAAAUUAAAUUACCAUUGACGCCCAGACCCACAGUGAAGCUGGACAUUAGAGGAGAUUAAUAGUUGAUAGAUUCAUAUGUAGUAUUAUAUACUUAGUUAAACAUAUUUAUAUUUUCAAUAAUGAAUUUUCUGUCCAGUUGAAUAAUGUAGUAUUUACAACUAAUAGUCCCACUUGUGUGGUGCAUCUUUUGAAAAAAAUUUAAACCUGUAAAAUCCAUCCAUUAAUGGUCUUAAGUAUGCCCAAAGGUUCCUCAGUGCAUAACAGUAUAACUGGAAAAAUAAUGAAACAGUGUUAUCUUUUAUAAUUUACUAUUUUGUCUUUCCUUUCUUUUUAUAAUUUACUUGUUUUAUCUUUCUUUUUAUAAGUUACUAAUUUGUUUUUCUUAGCAUUAUAAUCAAUUGGUUUGCUCUUCCUGGAUGCUGCUGUGCAUUCAAGGAGAAAAGCUACUUCAUAUGAAUUGUUACAGUAAAGUAGUAAUGGUAUGGGGUAUUUUUUCAAAAUUUUGACAUACUCAAUCAUAAACCUUUCAUCUUUUUCUUUAUAAAGCAGAUUGUCCAUCUGUAUACAUUACUAAUGCUUACUACGCUUGACAUUGAAAUCAUCUUAUUUGGGACUUGUCAUUUUUAAUUCCUCAGUGGAAUGCCUCCAUAACAGGUGUAUGAAUUAAGGAAAUUGGUUGUUAAAUUACAGUGAAGUGAGAAGUCUUGCCAAAGCAUAGAAUGUGGCUCUCUAUUUACCAAGACACUAAAAAUUAGAUAUCCAUUAUUCACUUGACUGCCUGACAAAAGCAUCAUGUAAUGUACAACUGAUUUUUUUUUUUUUUUUUUUUUUUUUUUUUUUUUUUUUUUUUGUAGGAGGGACACUUGCUGCAAGUAUUCUUGUUUCUCUCUAAUAGUGGAUAAGUUAUCUUGAAAGGCAAUAAAAUAAAUACAUACACAGUUAGGGUGUGCUCUGCUGAAUAUAGCAGCUAUAUAGAGUGUUGUGCAUUAUGAAGCUGAAGACUGCAGUGUGGUGGUGUUGGAUGGGCAAACAUUGGUUUAGUACUUGGUGAACUUAUGCACAAAAAAAGAUGUUAUCUCUGGGAAGAUCCGCUUCAUGAAUGGCAGUGGCAGUAGUAAUGGUAACGACUGGUGAGGAUCAAAUACAGACUGGUCCAGGAAGGUAUUGUAAAACUUAUUUGGGUGUUGGAUAGGCAUUGCCCUUGUGGCAAGAUUAUUUAAACUGAAACCAAUGGUAUUUGACUGAGUAUUCAUCUGUGCUUACCUAUUCAUGUUGAUAAACAAGGACUGUGGUAAUUAUAGUUGUAUCUUACCAUAUGGCUGAAUGUUAUGGUUUUGACUCAGAACCUGACGCAGCUUACCUGAUGCCAUUUCCUGAAUGGUCUUCCCUGUGUGGGUGUCAUUCCAAUACUGAAUCAUGCAGUACCUGAAUUACUUUAGGGUCACUAUUUAAAUUAGUAUAUUAUAUAAUCAAUAGAAGGUGGCAUUUCCUAGUGCUGUAUUGUAGAAAUGGUGCUCCAGCUCUACUGUGACCAAGGCAGUUGCUGGGAUGCCAUUACUGCAUUACUACAUAAAUAGUAUUGUAGUGAUGGUACUUCAGCACCAGUGUGGUCAUAUGCCUAUCUGCAUAUGCUUAGGGUUAUAUUAAAAGUAUUUGACACACACACACACACACACACACACUCUAUCAAUCUAUCUAUCUAUAUAUUUACCAGGCUGGUGUUCCUCUUGGAGGUGGCUAAAGUAAGAUAGCUAUAAGUAAUUCCUCAAGAACUGGCAUCACAUAUAGAUGGAUUAAAAAUUAUCAAGAUUCUGUGAAUUUGAUAUAAUAAAAAGUCUUCUGGGAUAUGAAUAGUUAGAUAUUUUGAUACAUUUAUACAUGUAAUGCAGAUAGCAGAGCUUGGAGAUCAUGGUUCUUAUAGGUGUGUGUGACUGUAUCUUUAUAGGAGAAAAGUGCCUUAUGUAUAAGUACCUCUUCCAUACUGCUAUUUGAUGGUACAAGCACAAGUACAGGAGUCAAGUGCCUUUACACCUCUCUUUACUUUCAUAGAAGACCUGACAUAGCUGUAUGAUAGUGCUUAACUACUCACUGAAGAAUCCUGCAAUAUGUAAUUAUUUUUAAGUAAACCUACCCAUGUGUUGGACAGUUUUAUGUGCCAGUACCAGUCUUAACAUAGUUUUGGGUUGUCUUCAAAGUUGAUGGUAAGAAACCAAGCAAAAUAUCUUCCUGAAUGAGCACAGCGUAACAUGAAGGAUGGGAAGGGCCUUCAAACCAUAUUCUUGUGGUUUAUUUUAUAAUGAAUUUUUAAGAAUGAAUAUUUGCUAUAUAUACAGUAAUCAAAAGGCAAGAUAAAAUGCAGCCUGAUUUUUCUACAACUGGCAGUGUUGUGUACUUAGAUGUGUUUGAUAGUAAUCCAAGUGUUGGGUUCAGAAAUACAAAUACAGUGAAAGAUGAAGUGGUCAGUUGUGGUAUAAUAAUAUCAAAAGAGGAGCCAAGCUAGUAUGUUACAGGUUCCUAAAACAACACAGGAACUUGUCACGCUGCCUUGUGUACUCUGUCUCUAGUAACCAAAAUGACAUUUUAUACAAGCUUGUGAUGAAAUGCAGUGGCUGGGACAUUAAUAUUUUUACCUUCUGGUGCUACAUUACAACCAAAGUAGUUUAUAAUUACUCAUUUGAAGUUUGUGGCUUUCUUAAUUCUGACAACAUUAAUCAAAGAAAAGGUGCCUACUAGAAUUAUAAUAUUUUGUGUAAUACAUGUUAGUCACCCAACUUUUAUUGUUCAACUGAAAACACAUCAUCACACACACAUACAACUUGUUCAUUGUUUAGUGUCUUCAAAGCUUGUAUGAGUAUGAAUGCCACUCAUCACCAGUGUUGAUUUCCCUUUAUUCAGGAUAAAUAUUUGGUAAAUCUGUGAAGGAACAACUGGCCAUUUCAUGAGAAAACCAGGAAAAGUCUUUGUAAUCUAUGGGAAAAAUUAUAAUUAAUAGAAAUUAUAUAUAUAUAUAUAUAUAUAUAUAUAUAUAUAUAUAUAUAUAUAUAUAUAUAUAUAUAUAUAUAUAUAAUUUUUGGGUUUUGUAGCUUAAACUCCUAUCUUGACAUGUUUCUGUGCAGCAUGAAGAACCAGUGCCUUCAGGUGGUUUCAAGCUGUCAUUUAAGGGUACCAAUUUAUGCUCACAAUAACACUUCCACUUAAUUGAUCUUCAUACUAUUGACUUUGUACCCAGCAGGGUGUAGUGCGCACACGCACACGCACACGCACACACACACACACACACACACUGCAUAGUGUAGUUGUUAGCACACUCAGCUCACAACCAAGAAGGCCUGGGUUUGAAUCCCGGGAGCGGCAAGGCAAAUGGGCGAGCCUCUUAACGUGUAGCCCCUGUUCACUAGCAGCAAAUAGGUACGAGAUGUAACCCAAGGGGUUGUGACCUCGCUGUCCCAGUGUGUGGUGCGUCAGUGGUCUCAGUCCUACCCAAAGAUCGGUCACUAUGAGCUCUGAGCUCUUUCUGUAGGGUAAUGGUUGGCUGGGUGACCAGCAGACAACUGUCGGUGAAUCACACACACACACACACACACACACACACACACACACACACACACACACACAUGCAGUAAUGGACUGUUGGUCUUCCACCCUUGUUGGGUUGCAUAAUUACCAAUUCUCAGCAAGGUACAUAUAAGUUAGUCAAUAAAUUCUCCAAAUUGUCUCCAUCCAGCUUGGGCUUUGAGCUGGGACUUAUUGGUUGUGAGCAGAGCGUGCUAACCUCUCAGCUACACUUUUUUGAGCUGUUGAAUGAGAAGAUUGUCUUGUCUGCAUUGUAUUACUUAAUAUAUUUACAGGGUUUUAUAGUAUGAAUUGGAUGUAACUUCUCAUAGAGCAAUAAUUUGAUGUAAUAAUGUAUAAAACCUAUAUUUUGUACUUUUAAUAAACCUAAUUUUCAGUAA